AUGCAGGGGUAUAGCGCCCAAGAUGUGGAGAAACAGCCACUCCUCCCCAAGCAUUCCCAAAGAGAUCCUUCCGCCCCGUUUCACAAGCAUACGCGUGCGAGGAGUACCAUUCGUUCGUCGGCGACCAUGUCUCGUGUCUUGAGGCUCUCGCUUUGUACCACCCUCCUUUUGGUCCUGGUGGUUUUGUAUCUCCCUGGUGCAUUCCCGUCGCCCCUUGCUUCUGAUCGUCCACAUGGCAGGUCAAGCGAGCUUGAGCUGCAGCUUGAGGAUGGGAAGAGGGGUGCUGUUGCUAGUGAGAGUGCGAUUUGUAGUCGGCAUGGUACGGAUAUUAUUUUGAUGGGUGGGAAUGCUGCUGAUGCUAUGGUCGCGACGAUGCUCUGUGUUGGAGUUGUUGGCAUGUAUCACAGUGGCAUUGGAGGCGGAGGCUUUAUGCUGGUCAAGUCGCCAAAUGGCACGUUUGAGUCUAUCGACUUUCGCGAGACUGCCCCGGCAGCGGCCUUCGAGGAGAUGUUCAACAACAACACUGGAGCCUCCACAUCUGGCGGAUUAGCAAGGUAUGCCAAAUCCAGCUCACGUCGAACCACCACUGACAAAUCUAGCGGCGUCCCCGGUGAACUGCGUGGCCUGGAAUACCUGCACAACAACUACGGCUCUCUACCCUGGUCUGUAGUCGUCCAACCGGCCAUCAACACCGCACGGUAUGGCUUUCCCGUCGGCGAGGAUCUAGUCCACUACAUGGACUCCGCAGUCGGCGACGACGAGGAUUUCCUCGUCAACGACCCCGCCUGGGCUGUCGACUUCGCUCCACACGGCACCCGUGUCAAGCUCGGCGACACGAUUACUCGAGGCCGAUACGCAGACACACUCGAGACGAUCGCCGGGCACGGCCCGGACGCCUUUUACACGGGCCCGAUUGCAGAGUCUAUGAUCAGUGCGCUGCAGGCGAAGAAUGGAACCAUGACCCUGGAGGACCUGCGCAAUUAUACCGUCGCCGUGCGUGGCAUUGCGCAGAUCGAUUAUCGCGGGUACCGGGUUACCAGCACGACUGCGCCGUCGAGCGGAGUCGUUGCGUUGAAUAUGUUGAAGGUGCUGGAUACGUACGAGCCGUUGUUUACGGAGAGGAAUUUCAAUCUGAGUACGCAUCGCAUGGACGAGGCGAUGCGGUUUGGAUAUGGAUUGAGAACUCAACUCGGAGAUCCGCAUUUCGUCAAGGGGUUGGUCGAGUAUGAAAAGGGGAUGCUGGAGGCGCAGACUAUUAGUGAUAUCCGUGGGAAGAUCUCGGAUCUCCGGACGCAGAAUGUGUCUGCGUAUAAUCCUGCUGGGAUUGAGAGCCUGGAGACCCCCGGCACCUCGCACAUCGCAACAAUCGACCACUCAGGCCUAGCCAUCUCAGCCAUCACCACAAUCAACCUCCUCUUCGGCAGCAAAGUCAUCGUCCCCGAGACGGGCAUCAUAAUGAACAACGAAAUGGACGACUUCUCAAUCCCCAACUCCUCCAACUCCUUCGGCUACAUCCCCUCAGAGAGCAACUUCAUCCGCCCCGGAAAACGCCCCCUCUCCUCCUGUACACCGACGAUAAUCACCUACCCAAACGGGAGCACAACCUUUCUAAUAGCCGGCUCCGCAGGCGGCAGCCGGAUCAUCACGGCGACAGUACAGAAUAUCAUCCACGCCAUCGACGAGGGACUCUCGGCCGCCGAGACACUCGCGCGGCCGCGGCUGCAUGACCAGCUCGUGCCGAACCACGUGCAGUUCGAGUACGGGUUCGACAAUGCGACUGUGCAGUUCAUGCGGGAGCGCGGGCAUAAUGUUACGUGGAUGGCGCCCGGGACGAGUACGGCGCAGGCGAUUCGGGUGCUACGCAAUGGAACGUUUGAUGCGGCGGGGGAGCCGAGGCAGAGGGAUUCCGGGGGGUUUGCGGUUUAG